AUGUUCCUCUACGAUGAAGGUAAAGUGAGUGAAAAAUUUGAAGAGACCCAAAACAGCUUUAAGAGUACAGUUAAUGAUUCAUCAAUAUUUGACAUACGCUAUGAUGAAUUUCCAGCCAAAUGUAAAACCAAUGUUCUACCAAGAAGUUGUGCUGAAGCCACCUCCUGCACUCGGCGUAGUGGCAUAUAUAAAAUUCUCCUAACCAAAUACAGCAGUGAACCAUUUCUGGUCGAGUGUGAUGUUAGAACUGAAGGUGGCGGUUGGAUUUUAAUACAAAGACGUCAAGAUGGUUCUGUGGAUUUCUAUCGUGAUUGGAGCGAAUAUCAAAACGGUUUUGGCAAUAUCGAAGGAGAAUUCUUUAUCGGUCUAAACAAGUUGCAUGCCCUGACCAACUAUAAUGGACCACAGGAGUUACUGAUCGUUUUGGAAGAUAAUAAUGAAAUUAAACAGGCGAAAUAUAGUAAUUUUGUUAUCGGCAAUGAAAGUGAAAUGUACGCUUUGAAGCAUUUAGGUGUUUAUUCGGGAAAUGCUGGCGAUUGUUUAAUAUCGCAUUUGGGCAUGAAAUUUAGCACUAAAGAUCGUGAUAAUGAUGAGUAUGAAUCGAAUUGUGCGGUAGUUUAUACAGGGGCUUGGUGGUACAAGAAAUGUCACGUAAGCAAUCUUAAUGGCAAAUAUGGCGAUACAAAUUAUGCUAAAGGCAUUACAUGGCAAUCAUUCCGUGGCUACAAUGUCUCUAUAAAACAUGCUAAAAUGAUGAUUAGAAGGCGACAAUUUUAAAUUUUUAACAUGAAGAAAUCAUUACUCUACUGAUAUGCGACUUAAUUGUAUUAUUUAACUAGCUAUACCCAGUGUACUUUGCUACCCUAAAAGGAAUAUGUAUAAAUAAAAAUCCCACUUAACGAUUUUGAAGAUUCUAA